AUUUUAUUUCUGCCUUGUCCAUAUGCAUCACAUUUUUUUAUAAACGAAAUCUUCUGAAACCUAGACAUGUUACACUAUUUGAUUGUCUCUUCAUUUGCUAAGAAAUCGUGACAAUCGGAUUUGAUUGUCUCUUCAUUUGAUAAACUUGGAAGGGGGACCAGCGCUGCCGCCAAUAAUCAUCUUCUGCGAACCUCUCUGGCUCUCUCUCUCUCUCUCUCUCUCUCUCUGUGAAUGCACCGAAAAUUGAAGAAGCACCAGUCAACUCUACACGACACAGGAAUCGGUGAAAAUCCCAAGAACAAUAAGCCCACGUCUCUCUUUUCGACACCUGUUCUUUCGUGCUAAUAUCAAAAAUAGGAGGUGGCUUUUUUAACAUCUCUUGAUUUAAAAGCACGUUGAGAUGAAAUGGUUGGCUCUCUCUGGAAAAAUCCACGAAAGGGUUCUUCCUCUUUCCUUCUGGUUUCACACACUUGGUGUUUGUUUAUAUAUCUAAAUGAAAUUUUGCCAAGACAGUAGCUCGGGUGAGAAUGUCUAGAGUCUUGAUUCGUUACUUGAACUUUUAGACUCGGUAUCUUCAAACUUAAGAAGAAUCUCUCAAAUUCUUUGAUAUCUAACCUUACCAAAUUUUACUGCGAUUUGCAGAGUUUAUUGAGUGUUAGAAAGUGAAGGGGUGGUUGAAUCCAAUGGGGAUUUGUUUGAGUACUCAUAUCAAAGCUGAUAGCCCAGCUCACACAGAGUGGAGUUCCAAAUAUGCUAGCAAAAAUGGCAAUCACAUGGGAAACUCUAGUGGUGAUGGGGAUUUUGUGUUAGGAUCAGAGCCACCUACUCCUCCAAGUGAGGGUGAGAUCUUGCAGUCGUCUAACUUGAAGAACUUUGGACUUUCUGAUCUCAUGAUGGCCACCCGGAACUUUCGACCUGAUAGUGUGCUAGGAGAAGGCAGAUUUAGUUCCGUCUUCAAAGGUUGCAUUGAUGAAGUUUCUUUUACAGCUGCAAAACCCAGGACUGGCACGGUUAUCGCUGUAAGAAAGCUUCAUCAAGAGAGUUUUCAAGGACACGGGGAGUGGCUAGCAGAAGUGAACUAUUUGGGACAGUUUUCUCAUCCUCAUCUCGUGAAACUGAUUGGAUAUUGCUUGGAGGACGAACAUCGACUUUUGGUGUAUGAAUUCAUGCCUCGUGGAAGCUUGGAAAACCAUCUGUUUAUGAGGGGCUCUUAUUUCCAACCUCUCACUUGGAAUCUACGACUUAAGGUUGCUCUUGGAGCUGCAAAGGGACUUGCUUUUCUCCAAAGUGCUGAGACGAAAGUCAUUUAUAGAGACUUUAAAACUUCUAACAUAUUGCUCGACUCGAGCUACAAUGCAAAGCUUUCUGAUUUCGGAUUGGCCAAGGUUGGUCCAUCAGGUGAUAAAAGCUGUGUGUCCACAAGGGUAUUGGGAACUUAUGGAUAUGCCGCUCCAGAAUUUCUAGCCACUGGUCAUUUGACGGCCAAGAGUGUGGUGUACAGUUUCGGAGUUGUUCUCCUUGAAAUGCUAUCGGGGCGGAGAGCAAUUGACAUGAAUAGACCAUCCAAACAACGAAGGCUGGUUGAAUGGGUUCCCCACCUUGCCAAUAAUCGUAAACUCUUCCGUGUAAUAGAUACCCGACUUGAAGGCCAAUACACAAUGGAUGUGGCUCAUAGAUUGGCUAACCUCGCCCUACAAUGUAUAUCCACGGAGCCAAAGUUGAGGCCGACAAUGAAAGAAAUAGUCAAAGAACUGGAGCAACUUCAGGAUAUAAAAAAUGUAGAGAAUACUCGUAGCAGAAGAAUCAUUGGACCUAGACAAUGUAGUCAAAGCAAAUGAUGCUGGUAAUAAAGAUGGGAAUGAUGCUUAUCUGAGGCCUUCUGCUUCUCUACUUCACUCCAAAUAGUUCUUCAAUAUUUUUGACAAGUAUGUAUUUCUUUCCACUCUGAAAUUGGUAGAUGGCUUAGUAAUAAUAUGAAAAAUUAGUAAUAUUGACCGCUGUCAAUCAUGAAUGAUUGUACAGUUGUUUUCCUAAUAUAAUCUUCGCUUUACUGCCUGAGCUCACAGUCAUGAUGCUAAAAGAAUUUUAGCGUUCUUGAAUUACUGAUGAUUAUAUUAUAUACGAGUGUUGUUGCUAUU